AUGGGUUGUACCAGGGAGGUGUGCACCGCUGACAAGACAUUUAUAUUCAUCAACAUCGCCUUCGCUAUGUACAGCGGCGCGCUGCUGGCGACGGCGGCGCGGCUGGCGUGGGACCCGAGCACAUAUUCUUGGUUCAGGUUCUUGUGCGAGGCGCAGUACCGCGUGUCCUGCGCGUACGUGCUCGCCGCGGGACUCUGGCUCGCGGGACUCGUGUACCUGGCCGCAGCUGCCGCCCACCGUGCCGCCGCCAACUGUCUGCGACUGUACGCAGCCGGGGUGGCGUGCCUGGCCGCCAGCGAGGUGGCGUACGGCGCGUGGAUGGCGGCGUCGCUGGCCGCGUGGUGGCGGGACGCGCCGCAAGCGGAGCUCGCGCGGCGGGGCAUGGACCUCAUGCACGACAUCAAGCCCGCGCUGCUCGCCAUCGAGCGGUACAGGGAGUUCGCGCGACCGGUCUAUGACAUGAUCGAGGAGGUGGAGCGCGAGGCGCCUAAUAACGCGUACGUGAUUAUACUAUUCGGAAUUUUGGGCGCCGUGCUGCAGGUGGCAGCGUUCGUAAUGGCGUGCCGGCUGGCGCGGCGGCCGCUCGCGCACGAGGCGGCGGAGGGCGUGUGCGGCGCCUGCGCGGUGCCGGAGAAGCGGCCCUGCGCGCGCGCCUGCGACGACGACAGCGACGGCGACCGCGACCCGCCACCCGGCUGGCGCAAGCGGGCCAACAUCGGCAUGUACACCAUCCUCGACAAAAUUUUCUAG